AUGAGACACAAAUUGGAUAAGCAAUUUGGGAGAUUUAUUGAUAUGCUCAAACAACUUAACCUUUCUCUACCUUUCAUCGAUGUGAUCAACCAAAUGCUUAAUUAUGCCAAAUCCCUCAAAGACAUUUUGAGCGGAAAGAGGACUUGUGAUGUUGUGGAGACAAUCAAUUUGACUGAAAAUUGUAGUGCGAUAAUCAUGAACAAAAUUCCACCCAAGUUGAAAGACCCCGGAAACUUUUCCAUCCCUUAUGCUAUUAAUAAGAUGCAAUUUGAUAAUCCCUUGUGUGACUUAGGAGCUAGUGUAAGCUUAAUGCCAUAUUCGGUUUAUCAAAGACUUGAUCUAGGGGAACUCUUACCUUCUAACAUUAGCUUGCAACUAGCCUAUAGGUCAAUCAAGUUUCCAAAAGAAAUGGAUGAAGAUGCUACCAUUCCAAUUAUUCUAGGUAGAACCUUUUUUGCUACCUCGGGUGCUAUGGUAGAUGUAAAGUGUGCAAAGAUUUCCCUUAAGGUAGGAGAUGAGCUAGGGGUAUCAUGCAAGGAGGUAGCAUUGUAUGAGGAAUUGCUUAAUGGAAGAAUGGAGGAAGUGGAUGAACAAUUGUGCUUGAAGAUCUCAAUCCAUGAAGCUUUGCAAGAGGCCGCAACAAAAGAAGGUGGGGUUUCAUAUGAAGAGUGCAUAGUUUAUCUUGAGAAAUGUUUGGCUCGGUGUGUAAAGGUUAAUCUUGUCUUGAAUUGGGAGAAAUGCCAUUUCAUGGUGGAGGAGGGGAUAGUGCUUGGGCAUAAGAUCUCUCAUAAAGAAAUAGAGGUGGAUAAGGCCAAAAUUGAGAUUAUUGAGAAGCUUCGACCUCUGAAGAUUCAUCAAGGAUUUCUCACUCAUUGCCAAGCCCUUAAUGAUCUCCUUCAAAAAGAUGUUGAGUUCAUUUUUGAUGAUAAAUGCUUGGAAGCAUUUAAUAGAUUGAAGAAGGCCCUAAUCUCUACCCCCAUUGUUCAAGCCCCAAGAUGGGAUUUACCCUUUGAAUUGAUGUGUGAUGUUAGUGAUUGGGAAAUUGGAGGUGUUUUGGGACAACGUGUGGAAAAGAAGCUUUAUGUGACUUACUAUAUGUCUAAGACACUAAAUGGGGCCCAAAAGAAUUACACAACAACGAAAAAAGAAUUCUUGACCAUUGUUCACUCUUUCGAGAUAUUCCAGUGUUAUUUGUUUGGUUCCAAGACCAUUGUCUUCACGGAUCAAGCGGCUCUCAAUUAUCUCUUUGCCAAGAAAGAGUCCAAGCCAAGGUUGAUUCGUUGGGUGCUUGAAUUACAAACUUUUGAAAUAGAGAUUAGGGAUAAGAAGGGUGCGGAAAAUGUUGUGGCGGACCAUCUUUAUCGCCUUGAGGGUGAUCAAAUUCAUGAUAAUGGUCUACCAAUUGAAGAUAUAAUGUUUGAUGAUGUAUUGUAUGCCAUUAAGGUUAAGGAUCUCCCAUGGUAUGCCGACUUGGUGAACUUUCUAGCAUGUGGGGAAUUUCCACCUUCUUUCUCCAAGAACCAAAAGAAGAAGCUUAAGAGGGAGGCAAGACAUUACUUGUGGGAUGAACCAAUCUUGUAUAAACGCUGGGUGGAUGGCUUGCUUCGGCGUUGUGUCCCGAAUAAAUAG